UAGAAUUUUAUUUUACAAUGCGGUAACGACGUUUUUUGGACAAGUUUAACCACGAUGGUUUAACUAUCAAAACAACCAAAACAAGCAAAAAUCAGAGUGUCGUCUGCUGUAAUGUUUACGCUUACUACGUAGCUAUCUAUUUGGUUGAUUGAUAUCAAGUGAUUCUUUCAUAUCUGGUGAUUUUGAUAAAAUUGCUGUCCUGUAGAAAAUUAUAAAAUGGAUCCAGAAUUACAAGACAUUCUUAAAGAUUUUCCUCCUGGCCCCCUCUCUGAGUACAGAAAAAAUGCUUCUUUUAAUUGGAAGGAUAUGUGUUUGUUGAUCCAAGGCAAGGAUGCCUUAAUUUUGAAGCACAAAAUAUGGUCUACUCUCGAAAAAGAUCCUGCAUUUGCUCAUUGUGCUACCAAGCCUACUCUAAAAGAGAACCGUCUUCUCACUUUGCAGCGUGCUCAAAAACUUGCUGAGUAUAAUUUCAUGCCAGCAAAAAAUUUGUUGCAGAAACCUGAAAUGUUGGAUUCUGUUGUUAUGGCCAUUGGACAGCUUGACUGGAGUUCCAUAGUAAAACUUCAACUGCUCUACAACUUUGUGAUUUCAGCGUUAUAUGGAAUGGGUACCGAAAGACACUUUAAGGAAAUACAGAGAUUAAUGAGAAGAGAGAUUGGAGCUUGUUUUUGUCUGACAGAAAUAGGCCAUGGUACCAACACCAAAGCAAUGAGAACUACUGCAAAAUUUGAUGUCAAAACUCAAGAAUUUGUUUUUCACACACCUGAUUUCCAGGCAGCUAAAUGUUGGGCUGGAAACUUGGGCGAAACAGCAACCCAUGCCGUUGUCUUUGCUACGCUAUACACACCUGAUGGCGAAAACCACGGGUUACACGCCUUUUUCAUCCAAAUUCGUGACAUAAAGACAUUCGAAAACCUUCCUGGAGUGAGCAUCGGUGACAUGGGUGAAAAACUUGGUUUAAAUGGUGUUGACAAUGGGGUGAUGUUAUUUGAUCAAUUCCGUGUGCCACGCGCUGCGUUACUUAACCGGACGGGAGACGUGAGCGAAUCGGGUUUGUACGUGUCGCCCUUCAAAGAUAAGAAGAAGCGUCUCGGAGCUUCACUUGGAACGUUAUCGGCUGGACGUGUUGGCAUUGCAAGUAUGGCGACAGCCAACCUUAUCAAAGCUAUUACAGUGGGUAUCCGCUACUCUGCCGUACGACGCCAAUUCGGACCGGAAGAUAGUAACGUAGAAUUGCCUGUAUUAGAAUAUCAGUUACAGCAAUGGCGUCUGUUUCCUUAUUUGGGAGCUGCCUACGUCCUGAUUAAUUUUACUCGGACUUUCCGUAAAGACUUUAUCGACAUGCAAAUGGCUAUGAUGAACAAAGAAGAUCCUGAUCGAUUGGCCUCGGUUGGUGCAGAAGUUCACGCCAUUUCAUCUUUUGCAAAACCUCUUUCUUCUUGGCUGGCGCAGCAAGGAGUUCAAGAGUGCCGAGAAGCCUGUGGAGGUCAUGGAUAUCUGGCAGUUAGUGGUUUGGGAAGCGUGCGAGAGGACAACGAUGCAAAUUGUACCUAUGAGGGUGACAAUAAUGUUUUGCUUCAGCAGUCAGCAAAUUGGCUUCUGAACCUUUGGUCACUUGUCCAACGUCGCCAAAGCGUCGCUCCUUACACCCCACUUGGUUCCGCCAUUUACCUGGAUUCCGCUGAGUCUAUUCUUAAAUCCAAAUGUAAACUAGAUGCUCCACAUCAAUGGUUCGAACCCCAAGCUUUGUUGGAUGCCUACCAGUUUGCUGUGUGUCAUCUUCUUCGUUCGACGGCGAAUAGAAUGCAACAGUUGAUGGAUCAGAAGAUGGAUGCCUUUACUGCCAAAAAUCAAGCACAAGCCUAUCACUAUCGUCCAUUGAGCAUCGCCUACGGCGAAACAUUGUUCUUGAUGAGAAUGAUGAGACUUUUAAACGAUCCAAACAUCCCUGAACAAUUGCGGGCUGUUCUCAAAUCGUUAACUGCCUUAUUUGGUGCAACCAAUUUGAUGAAACAUUUAUCAGCCCUUACUCAGGGCGGAUACUUUCAGUCUAACACAAGUGCUGCCCUGCAAACAGCCAUCGAACAACUAUGUGAGAAAUUGAAGCCUGAUGCAAUCGCCUUGAUUGACGCAGUAGCCCCGUCAGACUUCGCCCUCAACUCUGCAUUAGGACAUUCCGACGGUCAGGUAUAUCGUCACUUAGAGGAGCAUAUGGCCUCUAGUAUGAAAAGCCGUCCUGACUGGUGGCAGCAGGUUUUACUUCCUCCGAAAAAGACUUCUCAUUUGUGAAGUAGUUGUUCAUUAAAUUUAUCAAAUCCCCUUCUAUAUUUUACGGUAUAGAGAGAGCGUACAUUCAAUUACUUAAGAAGGGUAGCGCUCUAUGUAGUUAUUCAAAUGAAGGAAAAGACAUUUAUAUUUUGGGAAAAAGUUGGUUAAUACAAAAAUAUAUUGAUAAUAAUUAGUAUUAUCGUGCUUGUGGAAAUAAAAGGUGGCUAAUUACAUAAA